CUCUCUCUCUCUCUCUCAAUAUCGGUUUCAGGAAUCCAUUAAGAGGAUCUUUCACGAAAGGACACAAAAAGUUAAAGAGGAUCCAGAAGAGAACGGAAAUUAAAUUGAUUAGUUGGUGUCAGAUAAGAAUUAGAGAAUGAACUUAUGUAGAAUGAAAUUGAAGAGUAUUAAUGUGAAAUAUUAGGAUUCCGAAAUGCGUUUUGCCGAGGCACCAACGACUUUGUCCAAAAAUAGUUGGGUUCUAAACGAACAAAGGGCCCGUGCACCGAACAAACAUGUCCAUACUCGUCAGCGACUCGCACAAGACUCACUCUUUAUUCGAUGAUUGGAGUAUAGCUUUUGAAAACAUCGAGAGGACUCAACAACAAAUCGAGUAUCGAUUUACCGAUCGAUUAUCGCUCAUCCCUACUUUGGCCAACUGAUUCUUCCCCAUCGUUUACCCCUUCUUGAGUGCCUAGAGCUAAUAUUCAGAGAGAGAGAGAGAGAGACUUCGCUUAUCCCCGAGGCGAUCGGUGGCCGACCGCGAGAAUCCAUUGCCAACGGUAUGGAUGAUACAGGCUGGCUUAACAAUUAUCUUGUAAGGAUGCUUCGUCGCUUCGUUGACAUUCGCAAGCACUAGAAGUGAGACGCCGUGGACUUGCGAUGCGCGUCGCGAAAUUGACAAAUCUCGAUCGCUUCAUUUUCUGAGGUUCUUCCGUUAACAGUGUCGGUACUUAGCUAGCACCUAGAAAAAGACGAUAUACGUUCAUAGUCCUGUUGAUAUGGCCGUUGUGGAGGAGUUUGAUUACCUAUGCCGUCUGUGCGCGGUUAAAACUGACAUCUUGAUGGGUCUACCGAUUUUCGAGGCCGGCGACCAAAUGCGCAACAUUGACAAGAAAAUAGCAGCUUGCCUACCAGUUCAGGUGUCACUGACAGAUCAGCUGCCCAAAGUGGUGUGUGAAGAAUGUGCGUUUAAAUUAGAUCAGUUGUUUGACUUUCGUGAGAAAUGCUUACAUACAGAAGGAAUAUUUAUGGAAAUGUUAAAGGAAAUUGGAAAAGAAGAGGUUGUACAUAUAUCAGGGCACAACUUGGCUAAUAUAGAUGAUAUGGCUCAUGAGACUGCAGAACCUACUAUACAUACAAUGCAAGUGAUGGAUGAAAUGGAUUUGGCUGGUGGUGAGCAAGUGGUUUCCCAAGAAGAAAUAGGUUCACAAGAUGCUGAAAUUCAAGUUGCAGGCAUUGAUUGUUUGGAUGGUGAUACUGUGAGGAUGGUGGAUGAACAUAUACGAGAGGUUUCAAAUCAUCAAAUCGCAAUGCAUUUGGAAGGUGACAUGACUGUAGUGGGUAACUUGACAGUGAGUGGCCAUUUAAGUCAGUUAGGGAUAAAUUAUGUUACUUCUAUCAGUCCAGAGGAUCAGAGCCAGGAACAGAUAGUACAUUAUUGCGAAAAUGUAAAAUACGAGACAGUGCCAAUGAAAGAGCAAUACCAUAGAUUGCAAGAGAGAUUAGCCACAGAGGAGCCACAUAUACAACUUGAAAGCAACUUACCGGCAGACAAUUUCGCCCCCUCUCAGGAAGAGAAGGAUGAGAUGGAGGAUUCCUGUAUAAAACAAGAACACAAACAUGUGAGUUCUGUGAAUGCUCUGCCAUCCACGAGUCAGAUGAAUAACGUGUCGUGCGAGAUAAUGGUGAAGUACACCAAGAGAACGAAAGACGCGUUGUUGAAGUCCACACUUGAUAAUCCUACCGUGGACGAGACCGGCUCACACUGGUACGUAUGUCCGUUUUGCAACGAGGCGGCUCUGGAAACGGCCAAUUUGGCCGCGCAUUUCGAGCAACACUUUUGCUGUUGCACCUGUGGCCUAUAUUUUACCAGCGUCCAGGUGUUAAAUUUGCACAAAGAGCAGUGUGAUAUAUAUAAGGACAAAAUAACUGAUAAGGAGAAGAACGAUGCGCAAUUGGACGUAAGAGAGAAGCCGGCAGAGAAGAAUGACAAUCAGGCCGAGCAGCAUAAGAAGCAGCAGUCGACGGUGAGGCAGAAAUGGACGCCGAAGGUGUGCGCGCAAUGCGGCAAGCAAUACCGGACGAAUUAUAAACUGCAAGAGCACAUGCGCAAGCACACCGGUGAGAAGCCGUUUCAGUGCAUGACCUGCGAGAAGGCGUUCCGCAGCAAGAUCGGUCUCGCGCAGCACACGGCCACGCACACGGGUCAAUUCGAUUACAACUGCUCUACCUGCGGUAAAGGCUUUCAGUGCAAGAGCUAUCUGAUCGUGCACCAAAGGGUACACUCGGAUCUGAAGCCGUAUCCAUGCGGCACGUGCGGCCAGAACUUCAAGACGAAGCAGUCGCUGUUGGACCAUCAAAAUCGUCAUCUGGGCGUGAAGCCGUACAUGUGCGAGAUCUGUGGCCGCGGUUUCAUCACGAAAGGCCUCUGCAAGAGCCAUCAAAAGAUACACUCCGGCAUGGACAAUCGUCAGUAUCCGUGCGUGGUAUGCAACAAGAUGUUUGUCAGCAAGAGUUACCUGAACACGCAUCUGCGUAUACACACCGGCGAGAAACCGUAUCUGUGCGAGGUGUGCGGCAAGGGAUUUUUGACGCGGGUCGACCUCAAAAUACACUCGACCAUGCACACCGGCGAAAAGAGCUUCAAGUGUGAGAUGUGCGGCAAGGUAUUCGCCCGGCGCGCCGCUCUGCGUUGCCAUCGCAGGUCGCACACCGGCGAGCGGCCCUACAGAUGCGACGUAUGUGGCAAAACAUUCACGCAGUUCAGCCCUAUGGCGAUACACAAGCGUCUUCACACCGGCGAACGGCCGUACGAGUGUGACGCAUGCGACAAGGCCUUCGUAUCUAGGUCGACCAUGAUGUGCCACCGGAAAAAGCAUCAUCUUACGACGACGGCAGCUAACCAGAAGGACACGCCGAACGAGGACGCUGCCGAUGUGAAGGCCGUCCUCACCUCUGAUAUUGUAGUCAGGGAUUCGUACGAGGGGGUGCAGAUCACUGCGGAUUGAAGCCGCGAGACGUGAACGUGUAGAAUCUGUCACACGUUUCGUCCAGGGAGAACGAAUCGGAAAUCCGGAUGCUAAGGAAAUUUCAUCCGCAUUUCUUAGAUAAUGAACUGCUUUUUCGUCACUAUAGCGUAUUCUACAAUUAUGUACAUUCAGAAACUUUAUAUAAAGAUAUUUUUACAAGGGAUAAUUCUUGUGGUAUAUAAGAAUAUACGAUUGAAAAUUACGCCAGAUCACAAUAUAUUAUGUGUACGUAAAUUAUAAUCAGAUCAGAAAGAGAGAGAGAGAGAUAUUCAUGUUGCACGAAUUUCGUGUUUUACGUAAACGACGAAAGAAUCGUCUUGUAAUUCUCUGGCAAAAUUGAACGAAUGUUGCGUAAUUCUUUCUUUUUUUUAACGAUAUACCGUACAGUAUGUUUCAACAAUGUAUGCCUGUAAAUAUAUAUCUUUUGUAUCUAUUCUUUUGCAUUGAAUUCUGAUUGAAUAUUUGAUUCUUUUUAGAUCGGCAUUGUGAGCGAAUGAAAACACUAUGUAAAAAUGUUUGUAACUUAAGAGAUUGCAAAAUUAUCACAUUUAACAGUGACAUAUCUUUUGUAAUAGUGACAUAUCUUUUGUUCUAAAUCAGACUUUACCUUCCCGAAAUGUUAAUAAAUUAAAAUGAUUUUAAUAUCAAUUUUUUCCUUGCACAAAACAAAAGGAUUUUAAUGAAACCGAUCCUCUUUGAAUAACGAAGGAAUAACUGCGUUUUAUAGAAUACAAAUUUAGUAGUACUCAUUAUCGAACAAACAACUUCAAAUAUUUGAAACGUAUUAAUAAUAUGAACUAAUAUAAAACAUAAUUUAUGUAGUAACACUUGAUUUUAUGAUUCUGUAUUAUGAACAAUAAAGUUCUAAAUUAAAAUUAUAAGGGAAUGUAUCUGAACGAUUUGAAUUCGCAUAUUGUACAAAAGUUAAUUAAUUUUACUUAUAAUCAUAUACAUGCGCAGACGUUUUUUGUACUAUAUAAAAUUUAUGAGAUCGCUACACUCUUUAUAUACGUCAGAAUCUUUUAUCAUGAAAGAAGAAUACUAACGUAUAAUUUAUAAUUGUUAAGCUUAAUCGUCAUAAAAGAAAUAUUUUCUUAAACAUAGUGACGAAAUAUUAUUUAAAUGAAUUGAAGGCUGAUGCGCGUUCUUAUGAAAACAUACGAUUAGUGGUGAUGUUUCCGCAAUCAUAAAUACUUUUUUAGAAUUUUAACGAAAAUCCAAGAAAGUACAAUAUAAUCAUCCUUAAAUACUGUAUUUCUAUGCUGCAUUUCUAUGCGUCUCUCCGAAAUUGAUCAUCGCGAAUAAGAACGAACUUCUCACACUAUACAAAGUAGAAAUUGUGAUAAAAUAAUUGAUUAUUUGUAAAAUUUUGACGAACUGUAAUGUUAUUAUCAACAGAAAUUCUUGGAAAAGAAUAUAAAAAGCCUUACACACCGAUAUACCGCUGUUCUUCAGUCCUUGGAUUCCCUCUGAUUCGUACUCGACAUUGCUAUGCGCUGAUCAGUGCGGUCGAAUGAAUGAAACAGAUUUUACUAAAAACUCGUUUUUAUUUUGACAGUACGAAAUAAUAAUACGAAUCAUUUGAAUCGUUUCGAUGUAACUACUCGGCUCUAUACCAGCAGCAAUAACGCAUCGUUGACACGAUGCACGUGUAGAAAAAAAAAAUAUAUAUAUAUAUGUAUAAUAUAUUGUGUGGAUGUGUGUGUGUGUGUGUGUGUGUAUGUGUGUGUGAGUGUGUGUAUAUGUAUAUAUCGGCGUAUCGAAAAGUGGACAUCAAUAUAAUAUGUUCAGUUUUGUUUUCUUCUUAUGAAAUACUUCUUUUAUUACCUUAACCAAGUUGAAUGCAACUGUCUAUAUGUGCACAAUGAAUGUACGUAUUGUUAACAAUCUUUACAAUAACUGCUGUUGGCUUUUGCCUAUCCCAGUUCUACAAUUGACAACGAAUAUUUAUUUCUUCAAUUUGACAAUUAACUACCUAUGCAAGGCAUCGAUGAUAUAAUUUAUUUAAUAAUCCUCGUCUUUGUAUUUUAUCUACAACGAGGUGAAAAGAAGGGCCCCUAAGUAAGACAAACCAUUUUCAAUAACGUUUUUGCUGGACGCUGCAAAUCUAACCGUGCAAACGCACGUACGCAUGUACACACACACGCGCACGCACGCACGCACGCACGUACGCACACGAUGUGGAGGUCCGUGAAUAUAAAUACGUAUAAAAUUGCAAACGGCUCUUUCAGGUAGAAAAACGGAAAAUUAUAUGAUGGCUCCACAAUAUAAAGUACAUAAUACGUUCGUCGUUGUUCGAUGAUCCUUUCGGAAAGCUUUGAAUUGAAAUGCCGCUAUUCUUUGAUAUUCAUUUUCCUUACUCUAAAAUUUUACAUGUUGUUCGAUAUUUUGUUAAGCAUGUAGGGCCCUCGCUAAUUCGGUGGUCAAUUGUGUGAAUGAAUUUUCUAAUAUCGUGUUAAAUACGUAUAUUACAAAGCACCACGAGCUAAAAUUAUCAAUAUAUAAUAUAAGGUAUUCUUUCGUAUUACGUAAUGUAGAACGAAAUUAAAUUUUUAUUCGCGGAUAUCUCAUUUAGAGAAACUAAGCAAAGAUAUAAUAUAACGUAAUCAAAUUAAAUCGUCGUAUGGAUAAAAUUACGAAUAUAACGUAACAAUAUACACACUACAUGUUUAACAUCCUAUAUACUUUGACUACUUAUAAUUAUAUAUAACAUUAAACUCUUACAUUUUAUAUCCGCUAUAUGUAUUUUGUGUAAAAAAAAAGAAUACCGAUGGUGAUAAUCGGUUAAAUCAAUACGUUCUAGUUCGUCUUGUAUAUUACGUAUUGUAACGAUGGGGUGCAUGGUUUUUUAUGAUAAAUUUAUGUAUAUACAGCAUAUAUGUCGUGAUAUCUUCCAAUUGUGAUUAUAUUGAUCCCAAAGCUGCAUCUUAAACGUUAAGCUUAUAUAUAAACCUAGCAUAAUCACAGCGAUUUAUAUAAAUCCGAAAUGUAAUAUUAGGAACAUGACAAACUAUAUAUAUAUAUAUAUAUAGUUUUGGUGGUACAUCAAAUUGUUAGUUACUAUAGGGACAACAAAAAGAUUUGUUACACAGAAAAAAUAAUUUUGCUAUUGUAGCAAAACCAUUGUGACAUAGAUAAAAUUUAGUUGGCUGGUUAACAAAAUUAUUUUGCUGUCUAUAUAUUCAGCAAGUAGCAAUUAAUAUUUUUAA